UUUAAUCAUGUGAGGCAGGCUACAAGGUAAACAAAGUCGCACCACGCAAAGAUGUACGAUACACAUGUCUUAAGCCGUGUUAUUGUAAUAAUAUGCAUGUUUUGUUGUUGCAUAAGCGUAAAAUAUCAACCGAACUGGGAGUCUAUAGAUUCUCGUCCCUUACCAAGCUGGUAUGACGAAUCAAAAAUUGGAAUUUUCAUCCACUGGGGAGUGUUUUCUGUGCCGAGCUUUUCGUCGGAAUGGUUUUGGGAGUAUUGGAAGGGACAGAAGAUACCGGGUGUUAUUGAUUUCAUGAACAGAAACUACAGACCAGGCUUCACAUACGCCGAUUUCGCUUCUCAAUUCACUACAGAAUUCUACAACGCCGAUGAAUGGGCCAACAUUUUCGACGCUUCCGGAGCAAAAUAUAUCGUUUUGGUGACCAAACACCAUGAAGGCUACACCAACUGGCCAUCAAAAUAUUCCUGGAACUGGAAUUCCAUGGACGUCGGUCCAAAGCGGGAUCUUGUGGGAGAGUUGGCUACAGCUGUCCGCAAGAAGCAGGGCAUCAAGUUUGGAACCUAUCAUUCCCUGUUUGAAUGGUUUAACCCUCUGUACCUCCGGGAUAAAGCAAAUGGUUUUAAAACCCAAGACUUUGUUAGAGAUAAGACAAUGCCAGAAUUGUACGAACUAGUGAACAACUACAAGACUGAUGUGAUCUGGUCCGAUGGAGAUUGGGAGACUACUGAUGUGUACUGGAAUGCCACAGAGUUUCUUGCUUGGCUCUACAAUGAAAGCCCAGUCAAGGACAGUGUGGUGGUGAACGACAGAUGGGGCAAGAACAUCAGGUGUAAACAUGGUGGCUUCCUGAACUGUGACGAUAGGUUCAACCCUGGUGUGCUGCAGAAGAGGAAGUGGGAAAACAGUAUGACUAUUGACAAGUACUCAUGGGGCUAUCGUCGGCGGGCCAAAUUGGCAGACUAUCUGACCAUGGACGACAUAACCAAGGAAAUAGCAUCAACUGUCAGUUGUGGAGGAAACCUGCUAAUCAACAUUGGACCGACUCAUGACGGCAGAAUCAUUCCAAUAUUUGAAGAAAGACUGCGACAGAUGGGGGAGUGGUUAGGUUUUAAUGGAGAAGCAAUCUACGCCUCCAAGCCCUGGUCACACCAAAACGACACACUGGCCAGUGGGGUCUGGUAUACCUCCCAGAAGUCGUCUAAUGGAACAACUGUAUAUGCAAUUGUGUUAGACUGGCCAGCCAACAACGUCCUCAAGUUAGGGGCACCAGUUGCCUCCCCUGCCUCUACAGUCUCCCUGCUGGGGUAUAAUGGACGACUGACCCUAGCCCCUGUAGCUGGGUCAGGGGUGAUUGUUACCAUACCCCCCAUCCCUAUCAAUCAACUGAAAGUCGAGUGGGCAUGGGUGUUCAAGUUCACAGGUUUACAGAACUGAGGGGAGUACUGUUAACAUUGUCAUGCUCCAGUACACAUAUACAGUUUGUAUAUAAUGUGUGCGUAUAAAUCUAAUCCACAGUGGAUACGUUUCCAUAUCAUUGUAAAUAUUAAAUAACCUUGAGUUUAUUAUUCUAUAUUGAUAAUUUGUAUAACUGUGAAAUCGGUUUGAAGUUGAAUUAUUUGUUUUGGUAUACACAUCUGAUGAUUGCAACAAUUAGUGUAUUUUUUAGUGCUGGAACGGUUAGCAAAAAUGCCAGCUGGUUAACCAACUCAGGCUUACCGAUCCAUAACCUGAUAACCAGCCUUUGGUGUGGGAUGUAAAACAGAUAUUGUAGUUCUGUACAGUACACCGAAGCUUUCUGGUUCACACAUUGAGGCAGAUAUUGUAGUACUGUACAGUCUACCAAAGCUUUCUGGUUCACACACUGAGACAGAUAUUGUAGUACUGUACAGUCUACCAAAGCUUUCUGGUUCACACACUGAGACAGAAAUUGCUAAUUAUCAAUUUAAUUCAGGUACUUCCAGGAAACUAACAACAAAACUAACGUCAAUAAGUCUAAUAUUUACUGGCUAUCUUUCACAUAGCUCUAAUGUGCAUCCUUCUGACAGUACAACUCUCACUCAUAUACUUGCAUAGUCAGAAAGCAAUCUAGAUGUAAACAAGUUCUCGUGUGACAGCUUAGUUUUCGAAAAUUGAAAAGUUUAACAAUGUUUAUAUAAUAAAAAAUAUGAUCUUGGCUGCUAAAAUGUGCAUAAAAAGAAACAAUAACAAUGUUUAUAUAAUAAAAAAUAUGAUCUUGGCUGCUAAAAUGUGCAUAAAAAGAAACAAAACCAGUAAGUAGUUUUACUUCAAGUGUAUACCUAUAUUGUAUGGAUAUGGAGAUUUGAACAGGGGAGGAGGGGUAACCGUAUAACACUAUUGGGUGGACCAAACCGAACUGUGAACCGGAUAUCUGGCACUUUUUGUAUGAAUAAUUUAACAAUGAAAAAUUAUGAAAAGUUCAUUACAUGCUGUACUUGGCAUGAAUAGUGUUGUGGUACACAAACUUUCCUUAAAGUUUUUGAACAUGUCUUUAUCAAAAAAUAUCAAUAUUUUUGUAUCUUUUCCAGGAUAUUUUCAUUUUUGCAUCAGUCAUGUCUCUGUUUGGAUCUCAUUAAUAUGUCUGACUUACACUUAGUGAAAUUUCAAGGUCACAUUUAUGGAUGAAUUCAUGUUGAUUUUUAUAUUUGUUUUAUAUGAUACUUAUUACCUAUUUCUUUCUAUGUAAAUCAGAUAUUUUUCUUACAAGAAUGCAUUUAUCAAAAUAUUUCAGCCAUUGAUAGCUAUUUCUUUGGAUUUACCACAAUCUUUUUACAUUAUAUGUAUUAACAUUUACUCUAAUACCUAAUUUAUUGAUUCUAAAUUGACUUAUUUGAUAUAAUUUCUUACAUGCUUGUUAUUAUUGGAUUUACAAAUUUGAGCCUGCUAAUAGUGAAGUGGGUAUAUAAAUUUGAUUGAAUGUCAUUGUGAUAGACAAUGAAUAGUGUAACAGUGUUUAAUUGUUUGGUAAAUGUGGAAAAUUGUGAUGUAAUGAUAGGUAAUUGGUUAAUAUCUCCUGUUGAAUUGUAUUAGAGGGAAUGACGUUUUGUGUUGUGUAUACACUCUCUUUAGAGU